AUGGGUGAUCUUGAAAAGAUCGCCGAGAUCCGUGAAAAGAAGGCGAGGAAUGUGAUGAGAGACUUAAAGAUCCAAAAGCUGUGCCUUAACAUCUGCGUUGGAGAGUCUGGGGAUAGGCUUACACGCGCCGCAAAGGUGUUGGAGCAGCUUACUGGUCAAACACCCGUGUUCUCAAAGGCUAGGUACACCGUUAGAUCGUUUGGAAUUCGAAGGAAUGAGAAAAUCGCUGUACAUUGUACAGUUCGUGGUCCCAAAGCUGAAGAGAUCCUUGAGAAGGGACUGAAGGUUAAGGAGUUCGAACUUUACAAGGAGAACUUUUCUGAUACCGGCAACUUCGGCUUUGGUAUCCAGGAACAUAUUGAUCUUGGUAUUAAAUACGAUCCAUCGAUCGGAAUUUACGGAAUGGACUUCUACGUAGUUCUGGAUCGUGCUGGUCAUCGUGUUGCAAAUAGGAGACGAGCUCCAGGUCGCGUUGGAACGACCCAUCGUGUUGGACAGGAAGAGUCAGUGAAAUGGUUUCAACAAAAGUACGAUGGUAUAAUAUUACCACCCAAGCCGAAGGUCAGGAGAAGUAUACACCGCAAGAGAUAA